UGACAUCACACAUCCGUAUUUUUCCAACAUGGCGUCCGGUAGGGUGCCGGAGAGGGAGGUCCGAGAGGAGUCGAGGCGCGCCGCCACGGCGAACCCCCCUGACUUCAGCAUCCACAGAUACUCCCUGCUCAUCAUCACGGGACGGACCGCGCACCUCGAGCACACGGGACCCAUCAGCAGGGACAUCGAACGAGGGAUCCGGUCAUGGGACAUCGACUUACAAUCCUGUAACCUGGACCUGUACCUCCAGGAGUUUCUCUCCCACCACACGGCCUCCUUCAAGGGUGCAGGGCAGAAGUGUCUGCGCCAUAGCACCAGAGUGUUGGACACUCAGGUGCUGAUCAGUCCGUCUCAGGAACAGGCUCGUUCAGAGGUGUGUGCUCUGCUGUCCAGGGACUCGGCCCACAAGCUGUUGAUCUUGGCCGGUCAGAGCGAGGAGGGAAGUGGAGACCUCGUGUUUCACCAAGGCCUCUUCUCACCGCAGCAACUGAAACGAAUACUAACGGAGCAGUUCAUAGAUCAAGAGAGCUCCGCCUCCUCCUCCAAACUCAGCUUGACCCUCAGCUGUCCCAACAUCGGCCAGUGGAGGAAGACUCUCGUGGGGAACGAGCCCUUCACGCUGCGCAUCAACCCUCCCGAGGUGCUGCCCGCCAUGGAGACCCUGGGCGAAUUCACCUCCCUCAUCUCCGGCACCCUCUCCCCGCCGUCCCCCUUCGACCUCCUGCCUCCUCCCGUCACCGUGGGCUUCCUCAAGCUGUCCCGCCCCUGCUGCUACGUGUUCCCCGCGGGCCGCGGCGACUGCGCCUUCUUCGCCGUUAACGGCUUCACGGUGCUGGUGGACGGCGGCUCCGACUCCCAGGCCUGCUUCUGGAAGCUGGUCCGACACCUCGACCGAGUCGACGCCAUCUUGCUGACGCACAUCGGGACGGAAAACCUGCCUGGGGUCAACGUCUUUCUGGAGAGGAAGGUGGCCGAGUUGGAGUUGAGCGCCGACAUCAAAGAUGACUCCUCCAAGAGGCUGAUCUCCCCGGAGCUCGGAGUGGUGUUCUUCAACGCCCCCUGCAGGCUGCAGGUGGACGAGCAUCCUUGUCUGGACGGUGUGCUGAAGAGCGCCCACCAGGCGGCCCUGACCCUGCAGUUGUUAAAGAAGUUAGACAUCAGACCGCAGCCGUUGUUUCGCCCGCCAGGGGUUCCCCUUGAACCGCUGACCCUGUUCCAGAAGAUGGGAGUGGGCCAGUUGGAUCUAUACAUCCUCAGCCCUGGUAAAAACAGCCAGGAGUACCAGACGCUCAUGCAAGACUGGCCUGACGUGGCAUCCGAAUCCAAAACUCUCCCCGUCACCACACUGGCUUCAGUGUCCGCCCUGCUGGUCUGGCACCCGGCGUGUCCCCAGGAGAAGGUGGUCAGGGUGUUGUUUCCCGGCGUCACCCCACAGGAAAAGCUGCUGCUGGGGCUCGAGAAGCUGAAGGGUCUGGCCUUCCUCCAGAAGCCUACGGUGACCACCGGGGACAUGGAUAGACUCGGGGAGGGUAGAAAGAUCAAGGAGAGCCAGGAGAGCGGCAGGCCACACGGGAAGGAGUCGACACCCAAACAUGGGAAAGAGGCGGGACUCAGAGAAGAAGGAAAGGAGGUGCCUGGGAGGGAAAAGGGGAAAGUGUUAAAUGGAGUCAAUUCAAGAGAUGCCGAUAAAACCAGAAACAAGGACGCGGCGGGCGUGAAGCAAAAAGCGGCAUCGACGGAGAAGAACGCCUCGAAGAAGGGAGGAAGGACAGAUGGGAAAAAGGAGGAGAAGCCUGGGAAUAACCAGGAGAACGGUCGGGGGGAGAAGGACAUUCUCUCUUUCAAACCGAAGAACGAAAAUAAGAUCAAGCUCAAAAAGGAGGCGAGGAAUGACUUCAAAACAGGGGUGAAUAAAACAAGAAAACCAUCGGGGAAGGAUGCAACCAAUGGGAAGAAGGUCAAUGUAAAGACUGAGACAAAACCCCAGACGGAGAGUGUUUUGGAAACAGAGCCUGAAGGGUAUCCCCCUGGCUCCACGUUGUUUACCCCUGAGGACAUGACAGAGGACUCUCUCAGGCCCCGGGAGGAAACUGAAAGAGGUGAGGCGCAUGUGGAAAAAUCUGAUAAGGCGAAGGAGUCAGGAAAGGAAAAGAGCUUCGGAGGCCUGAGCGUGGUAGCCGAAGAAGCCGCAGAGAUAAUGGGAGGAGAGAGCGGUGAUAAAGGAGCGCAAGACGAGACUCGGACCGGAGAGAAAGCUGACGCGGACCUGCAAAAAAACGCCAGGCCAGAAAAGGUUUUAGGGUUUCCAUCCCCCCUGAACAAGGCACCGAAGAACGAGUGCGAGGCCCAGCUGGACUUGACACCGACCGAGUACACUCUCCUGGACGGGGCGUUGAGGAACAGCCCCCCGUCACGAUCCUCUCCGGAGAACCGACAAGAGCCCGCCUCCCCGGAUUCGCGGCCCAACAGUGCGGGCCACACCCCUUACUGCCUCUCCCCGGGCGAUGUGUGGUGCAACAGGGCCACGCUCAACCGGUUGCAGGGCCAGAUGGGCGACGUGGAGCCGGCGGAUGUCAACCAGUCGGAUGGAUCAUCCAAGCAAAGUGAGAAAAGCAAUCUAGAGAGUCACACAGCCCCCAGAGAGAGGCAGCUAAGUUUCCUCUCGUUGGGUUCCUUUAAAGAGGGACCUUCAGACCCCUUUCCCUCCUUCACCACCACCACGACACACUCCAUGCCGGCAGAGGUGAGCUCGCCUCAAUCCACAGAAGUAGACGAAUCGCUGUCCAUGUCCUUGGAGCAGGGACCGACCACAUGCAGUCAGAGGGAGGGCGACGACAGCGUUAACAACUCCCAUUCCAACGGCGGCCAUUUUGCCGGUAUGUCCCUACCGAUAAAGAAGCCUGCCAGAUCGUCCGCAGAGAUCGGGCGGCCUCCGAGCUCGCUCACGCUCAAUUUAGAGGCCUCGGCUCGCGAUGUGGAUCUGUGUCUGGUUUCCCCCUGCGAGUUCAAGCAUCUCAAACAGCCCGAAUCCGGCGAGCCCCCCAGAGGAGCCUUCCAUCCGCAUCACCACGGCACCAACAACGCCAACAUAGACGCAUCGCCCAGCGAGUCGUGCGCCCCCGUCUUAACGGAGGACUGCUGCCCGUCCACCACCGCGGACGGCUGUCUGGACUCGGACGAGGAGGACGAGUCGAGCAGCGAGCCGUCGAAUUCUCCCCGCGGUCUGCAAUCCGGUCAGGCUCUGCCCCCGGACCCCCUCCCGGUCCCGUUCAGGGAUAACCCGCCGCCGCCCCCGCAUCCGGACGCGUCCAUGCCCGUUCCUCAGGCCGAGUCCGACGCCCGCGGGAAGAAAGCUAAAGCCACCGGAAUGCGGGGGAAGAAAACUCAGACUGUGGUCGAGGUCUCCCAGAGAUCCGGCUCGGGGAAAAGCCGGACGGGGAUCCAAAGCGGAGUCCCAAAGGGGGGUGUCUCGUCUGCUCGUACGCCAUCCUCCGGCACCCGCCCAGCACUGGCGAAAUCCUCCCCCAAUCCAGGCGCCAAGUGUACCAGCGGCGAGGAGGUCAGCGUGUACGUGGACCUGGCCUACAUCCCCUCUGGACCCUCCUCUCCCACCGUCGGCGUGGACUUCUUCAGGUGCAUUCGCUCCUCCUGUUAUGUCGUCAGCGGCGACAGUCAAGAGAAGGAGGAAAUAAUGAGGCGCACGCUGGACGCACUUCUGGACGCCAAGACGUCCUGGCCAGACUCCAUGCAGGUGACGUUGAUCCCCACCUUCGAGUCGGUGCCGAUGCAGGAGUGGUACCAGCAGACCCUGGACCGGCAGAAGGAGCUGGGCAUCGCCGUCCUGGGGUCCAACAGCACCGUCGCCAUGCAGGACGAGACAUUCCCCGCAUGCAAGAUAGAGUUCUGAAGAAGAGAGAGAGCGGGGAAAGUUGUGAAAGAAGAGAGAAUUAAAGAGAUUAUAUCGCCUCUUUCUGCACGAACUACCACGGGACUUUCACACGUCCCCCUCCGGGUUAAUCCACUUCUUGCACCAGAAGGCCCCUCAUGUGGGGAAGUAUUGCAUGAUUCUUUUUUUUCAGACCCAUGAGCAAGAGAGGAGAAAAGAUCACGCUGGUUGCAAGAGAAGCAUGUCUGCAAACAUGUGGAAGCAAAAAUGGGGAAGUUGUGAUUUUAGAUAUUGGUGAAGAUAAAUAGCAUUAAUGGUCAAAGGUGCAUUUGUGCAGGCUUCUUUUAUUCAUGCAUCCAGCACCAAGGCGUGACAGUAGCGUGUGCUUAAGUUUGAGGGCUCAUCUCGCUGCUUUUAAUGCCACAUGUAUCCACUUGUACAGACGCUCCCAACAUGGCAGGAGCGAGCAUAAUGUUGUUUAUAUUUAAAGCAUUUUGGCCACGUUCUGUUUCUUUUAUUUAUAUUUGUAUGAUUUGCACAGAUGACGUAUAUAUCGUAUAUAUAACAAAAAAAGUCUUACGUUGUACCCGUGGUGAAGAGUUCCCAGUGUGUGUGUUGUGAACGUGGGGUGAUAAUCUGAGAUUAUUCAAAUCGAAGCGUGUGCGAAAAACAAAAUCCGCCAACAAGGGAUUAGAGAGGGAUUAAAUUUAAUGGGAUUACGGAGAUCAUCUCAUUAAGGACGGCGCUGCAACUGUAAUUAUAUAUAUAUGAAUAAAAUCAAGUUCAUCGAAAAUCCGACAGAAACAUAAUGUUUUUUUGUAAUCUUAGAUGUUACUAAAAAAAAUACAAAAUAUACAUCAUGUAAUUAAAUCGUUGAUAUAACGGCUUUCUAUGCCACACUUUGUGAAUACAAAUAAAUUAGAUUGUAUUUACGUUAAUAAACAUCAGUAAACAAAUAAACAAAAAUCACAGAAUGGCUGAAAUCAAAUUGACGUUUCCUAGAAAGUUUUCUGGAAUUAAAUCCAUGAUUUGUGGUUGUUGACUACUCCAGCAUCCAGUUUGACACAUGAAAAAGGUAUAUUUUCCAAAUAAGAAAAUGACUAAUGAAUAAAUAUUUACUGUGGUUUAAAUGGAGCGGUUCUUUCAACUACUUUUACCCAAAUUAUGAGGAUUCUUUUCCUGAAAUGUCACAGGAAAUUAUGAGUGCAUUAGAAAUCUGUAAAAAUAAAGUGUGUAAAUUAGUUUUAUCUGAGUCUGGAUGUCCAAGAACGAGUGUCCAUCAUGAUUGUCAAUGUAUUAAUCAACAAAUACAUAAAAAACACAUUUUAUUUAGUUUCUGAAUCCCUAAAUUAUCCCAAAGACAUUUUAUAAUUAUAUAAAUUCACAGUUGAACUUUCAUCAUAGGCCUUGAGAUUUGUUUUACUUUGUGAAAUCUUUUUAACAUUUUUUUAUUAUUUAUCACAGAUUUAAUGAUUACAUGAUUUACAAAGGGGAUGAAGCUGUAAUGAGUUGAACCCGAGGUAGCAAAGUGAAUAUGUGUGUAUGUCCCGCAUGUAUAAAUACUGUGUGUACUGUUGUUUCAUUCAUGAUAUUCAUGAAGAGAGUAAAGAGCUGUGGGAGAUGGAUGAACAUCGAGAGUCAACAUGUGUGAGUUGUGGGACGAAUGUAGGAAUAAAGAAUGAGCGUCACCGUUCAAA